ACUACUUUUUCUCCUCCCGAUUUAAAUGGAUGUAACAUGGGCAGGGAGACAAACAUCUUGUUAACUAAAUAGACUAAGCGAGAAGAAAUAUGUCGCUGUUAAAAAUGGAGGUUUCGUGUAAUAAGUUCCAGGCUAACGUGUUUGACCAAAGCAGAUGCCAGAACUGUUUCAAGUCCCGCGUGGGGCACGUGCUGACGCGCGAGGAAAUGGAGCAGGUGAAACCUAUCUAUGCCAGCUGGCUCUGCCUUGCCCCAGAAGGGUUGGACUUCAACAAUCCAAUGCAGCGAUCCAGGAAGUGGCAGCGUCGUUUUUUCAUCCUGUACGAGCACGGCUGUCUAGAGUUUGCUCUGGAUGACUUGCCAAGUACAAUUCCCCAAGGAACCGUGAACUUGCAUCAUUGCAGUGAUGUGAUUGACGCAGAGGGCAGAACAGGACAGAAAAACACACUGUGCAUCAGUACUCCAUACCAAGAUAUUUACAUCCGUGGAGACAGCAAAGAGAUCGUCAAUGGUUGGUGUGAGCAGCUUCUAGUUUUCCGACAGACCAAUGAACAAAGACGAAGGAAAAAAGGAAGCAGGAUGCCUGUUCCCUCACAGGAGAUAGCAUCUACAAGGAAAUCGGCGUGUAAAGUUGGAGCUGCAAAGACAGAAGCAGUAGAAGAUGAACUGUGUAAUUCAGGGGAGGAAAAAGAUCCAAGUAAGGAAACUGAGGAAGUGAACAUAGCCUGUGAUGUGAAUGUCACCCCUGCUGAUGCUGAUUCCCCCAUCUCAAGCAAGUGCACUAAAGAAAGAUUUGAAAAGGACAUUAAAAAGGAGAUCGACAAUGUAGUCACACACCAAGCUGAGGGUGGAUCAGUCCUUCAGUUGCCCUUUGAGCAUCAUUCGACCUCUCUCCACAGCCCUGAGCCAAGGAAAGCUGUGACUGGUGACCUGUCUCCAUCUGAUUUGCCUCUCAACAGAAGUGCUUUACAUGCUCUCUGUUGGCAAGAGGAUGAUACAGAGAGCUGUGCUAAAGAACAUCCUAAGGCUUCAUCAUUAGCAAAGCAUAUGACACGAGAUGAUGAAAAUAUUGAAAAACUCCAGAUGGGGUCACAACAAGAUAAGAAGGGCAGGGAUUCUUGUUUGAUCGAGAGCAGCAUGACUGAUGAUGAUUUCUGGCAUAAUGAAAAUGAGAAUUGGUGUAAAACGUGUACACAGCGCAGCAGCAGCAGAAGUCACACUGGCCACAUCCAGAACACGGAGAAGUCCGUAGGACUGCUGGAAGCACCACAAUGCAACAGUCUUUCUCUGAGAAGACUGCAGACGGUAGAAGUCAAAUCUUCAGAGUCUACCAUGACGCCAGACCUUUUGAACUUCAAAAAAGGGUGGCUCUUCAUGGAUAACCACGAUCAGUGGAGGAAGUACUGGUUCAUCCUGUCUGCUCAUAGCCUACAUUAUUACUUUGACUCUGGAGCAGAGGAGUUGGUAGGAGAAAUUGACCUGACUUCUUGUCACAGAGUGACUGAGCUUCAUGAUCAGAGGAACUUUGGCUUUGAAAUAAGGACUCAUAGAAUGGUCUACAAGUUCUACAGUACGACUGCCGGGAUGCGACAAAACUGGAUCCAGGCUAUUACAAAGAACAUUCAGGAUCAGAAUGCCCCAGAUGUUGCCAGCAUUCCAGAUAACUGGCUGUCUAGAGUGGGCUCUCGCUCUGGGCCAGAUGUUACUCAAGAAUCCAUGUCUGAGUACUACAGGUGCCAAAGCCACCCUAAAACCUCCAACUGGACUGACACGUUAACCCAGCCGGGGACUAGAGGACAAGAGCGGGAGGUACAUUAUGCAGAGCAGGGUAUCAACAGGCGAAGGGGAAGAGAGGAGCGCAGGCAAAAGUAUGCCAUCGUGAUGGGGUCUUCAGCAUGCAACUUGGAUGAGAGGAACUGCUCCACACUGGAGAAUCAGCAGCAAGAGAGAAUGAGGCAGAUUGAAGAAUAUUGGCUGCAGGUGGAGCAGAUGGCUAUCAGAGAGGGGAGGAAGGUGCUACUUUACCCAGAAUGCCAGAGCGAGGACUGUUUUGAAAAGAAGAAACUUCUAGAACAUUACAGGAAGAGGGGUGAAGAAUCGACUAUCCAGUCAGAGUCACCAAAUGAGGGCCGCUCAGAAAAUCCUGGACAUGGCACAGACUGGAGUUUGGUGCAGGAGCUAACAUGUGACCUGGGAACAGAAUGGGAUAGUGAGAAGAUAAACAAAACCUCAAAUAAACAGAACCUCACUCUGUCAAACAAGUACCAAGGCACCACAGGGCUGGACCUGAGACAAGAACAAAUCAGUGACCUGCUGGACCUUCAACCUUUAUCCCAGUCGAGGACUGAAUUCGCAAAUGAACCUAAAACAGAGGGAGAACCCAAUCUGCUGCAUGACAGUAUUACUUCUGACGAACCUAUUAAGAGUCUCCGAUCACUUGCUUUGUGCCAGGCAAGCAGAGAUUUAGGGACUUAUCCUCCUUGGCCCAGAAUAUUCAGUGAAAGUACUUCGCUAAUGAUAAGUGAAGAUAAAUAUUCAGAUCAAGCCAUGGUGAAGCUGUUCUCUCAGGAAGUUGAGUUACUAAACAAACAAAACCAGGACCUUAACCAGCGGAAUCAAGAACUGUUAAACCAGCUAGCUGAAGCAGACCGAGAGAUAGACAGGCUUAAGUCAGAACUUUUCCACCAGCUAGAACUGGAGUCCAUUGUGGAGUGUUUGGAAUCAGACUUGGCCAGGAGCUGUGGGAAACUCCAGGAAGCAAAGGCCCAGCUAGCAGAAAUGGAGGACAAUCUGAAAGCCUCUCAUCAAACUCUACAGUUGAAAGAGGCUUCGCUAAGAGAUCUGGGAUUCUUAUCCAUUGACAGUGAAAACAAAAUAGCAUUUCCAGAAAUAAUUGAUAGACUCCGCCAGUGUGUGCAGGUGCUGGAGUUCAAAGUCUCUGAGCUGGUGAGCCAACAAUGGCUGUCAACUCUGACAUGCAACGACCUGCAGACGCAGAAAACCUUUCUUGUGAAAUCGGAUGUUGAGUAUGGUCAGAAGGUAACGGAGUGUGACGAGAUGUUGGAAAAUGUGUUAGAAUCUAACGUACCUCUGUCUGAAGGAUUGCCACAUAUUAAAGACCAGCUGCAUCAGAACAGAAUAGAGUUAAAAAAGAGGUCCAAUUUGUUUAGUUUGUUACUAGAAGUGAUCAGUCAACUUGCUGGAAAUGAGAUGACUGAUUCUGUCUUAGAGUAUGACGUUAGAGAGAUAAACCCCAAAGUGUUAAGGAGACUACAGUUGGAAAAUAACAUUUGGAAAAGCUUUGUGAACACCUUAAAAAACAUUACCUCUUAUAACCCGCAGAACGAGGAAGCUGCCUGUCUACUACAGAGUACCGAGAUGAAACUACAGGAAGUUAAAAUGUACCUCAGCCUUUACAAAAGUAACAGUAGUAACCCUCUAAGCAGCAAUUCAGGACUAGAUAAUACAUCUUCAACUAGCCCUGAAAUUGUUAGUAUAAAUAAUGGAAUAAUGGAAAAGGAGCAAAAGGAUGUAAUGUGGAAAGAUCUGAAAGAGCACAUGGAGCAGAGAUUGAUCCUGAUUGAUCAUGUAACCAAUAAUGAACAGUUUUCGGAGAUGAUAAAAUCAUAUCUAAAAAAUCAUGUUUGGAAUAAAACAAAUAUGUUUUAUCCGAUGAUCAGUGUACUCCUGGACAUCCUGGCUGCUUAUUUGGUAGAGAAGCUUAGUCGGUCUGUAAUAACGCAAAAAUCUGUAGAGAUACAAACUGAAAACCAAGAGAUGAGGCUGGAACAGAACAACAUGGCUGUGGUCAGUGAAGGUUCUGGGAACGAAACAAUUACCAGUUUGAAAAAUCAUAUUAAGGAGCUGGAGCACACGCUAUCUGAAAGACUGAUGUCUCUACAACAGCAACAUGCGAAGGACAAGGAGAGACUGAAGGUGGACAUAAAGGCUGCAUUUGAGCAGAACAUUACCUUGUUGAAGAAGUCUCAUAGGAAAGCCACAGAAGUCCUUUUGCUCAAGCACCAGCGAGAGCAGGAAUUGUUACAGAAGGAGAAAGACAGACUUCUAACUGAAGACUUGUCUGACUGUCUCACUGUUAUUGAAGCCAUGAAGAGAGCCCAUAGAGCUGAGCUGGAGAAAAUGCUACAGGAGAAGACCUAUAAUGGUGAUGCGAAUAUUGAUAUGAUAUCAAAAAAUCACAGUGAGGAGUUGUCAGCAGUUCAGAGGGAGUUGGAUGCAUUGUCUGAACAGUAUACACAAACAUGUCUGGACAAUGUGCACCUGGCUGAAGCUCUGCAAGCAGAGAGAAAUUCUCUACAGCAGUAUCAGUAUGAAACCCUAGCACUUAGUGUUUACAAUCAGGAACUAAAAAAUCACCUUGCUGAGGAGAUGAUGAGAUUGUCAACAGUGGCACAGGAUGGUUGUAUUCAGUUGGUUCAUGAUAGAGACCAAUAUGAACUGAUGAUCAAGCUCCAGGUAAAAGAGUCCUGUCAGGAGCUGGAAAUUGACACUUUAAAAAACGAACUCUAUGCUUCCAAAAUGGAUCAAAAGGUUGCAUCAGAGAGAUUACAUGAAAUACAGACAGAACUCCGCUUGGUCAAGGAGACGGCAGAACUACAAAUUUCACAACUUAAGGAGAAUCUGAGACUAGUUUAUGAAGCAUUAGAAGAGUCUUUAAAGAAAAUGAUGCCAACAAUGCCAAUGGCUGGCUCCUCCUAGCCUGCACUAUUUAAAAGCUGACAAAUGUUUCUGUACCUUUUCCAUAACUGAUAUUUGUAAUUCACUAGAUUUUAAUAGGAUACCAAUGAAGUUGUUUGUGUAGCAUAUCAGUGCAAACGAUGAGAUCCGACAGCCUUUAAUUGGUGUAAAACUAAUCAAUGGGUACAUACAAAAUGUUUCCAUGAACACGUCCACUCUAUCCUCUAAAAGAAACGAAUGUUUCUUUGGAUAAUGGGUUCUACAGUCUUUGAAAGAUGCAGGUCCAAUACAUGUGUAAAAUAUUUUAAGGGCAAGCCAACAAAUACAUUUACCAAGAAUCUUAAUCAUGCUGUUGAUUCUGUUUGUAUCUUUGUAUUGUACAAAGCUUUAAAGAUCGUAACUUAGUUCAUUGUUGCUGUCAAAAUCUUGCAAUUUCUUUUUGAUUGGAUUCACCUCUCAUUAAGACACUCCAGCUUUUUCACUCCCGCUUAAUAUCAAACACCUGAAGGUUUUGCACUUUAAAUGGUAUUUGUAGCUAUUCGUGCUUCUCUCCACUUUGAUCAAAUUCCCAUCAUUCCCAUGAUGCUGCUAACACCAAGCUGUCUCAUUAGAUGAUAACAUUUUGGGGUGGUUGGCCGCCCAGACGUUAAUUCAGUAAGAGAUGUCACGUGCACUAUAGUAAUCAUUCAGUUAUUGCUAUAUGUUUAUAAUGCAUUAUAAUGUUGCUGUACUGUAGGUCUCCUGGCAGCCACCCUGGUAUGUUUAUCUUGUCCUUUUAGAAAUUAUGGAGGGAUGCCCAUGAUGGCCAUUACAGUGUUCCAUGGUAAUGCUGUGGAAAUGUUCUACCCUUCUUCUGAUCAAUAACUUUCAAUAAGUAAGACAUCAUACAUGCUUUCUAAGCUCUGGGGACCAUGGCUUCAGUAGUCAAAUGAAACCAACAAGAUAAGAAAAAACUAUCUUUAUUCAGGAUUAAUCAGAGUAAUUAAUUUGUGACUAGUAUAACAGCUGUAGGAGUAAUUUUGAACAUGAGAUCAGUUCAUUCUGAACGUCGCAUUCCUAAUUUAUUCUUAUGCAACCAGGUUCGAAGUUUUUUCUAUAUUCACCUCAAUUUUUUUUUUAUAUAUAUAUAUGUUGUAAUUUCAAAAAGUAGAAAAGGUUGAUUGAUCUUUUUUCAUGUUUGCACAACAAAAUCCUGAAAAUUUAACAGGAGAUGGGAAAACUUUUAUACCAGUUGUAUUGUCUCUACUAAGGUGUGCUGUACAUCCAAAUAUGUAUUGUAUAUUUCUACAUUUUGUUUUGUUUUUGUAGUGUUGUACAAUUUGUUUUGCCACAUGAGUGGUUUUGUACAGUGAGAGGUGGUGGGCAUGGGCAAAAACCAUUCAUCCGGGAAAACAUUGGUUUAAUCGUAAAUUAAAAAAAAAUAUCUCAGUAAGCUGUAUAUAGAUUUAUUUAAUUAUUUUGUUUCUGUUUAUAGAGCUAUCUGAAAUUUUGCUAAAGAAUACAAUUUAAAUUUCA